CUUCGAAAGUAAAAUAUCCAACAACUGACAACCAACUAACAACCAAAAACCGUAUAACCUAUACGGCUUAACACUUUUUCAAAAUCAACUAAAAAGAGUUGAGGUUUAACUCGUUUUUGUGUAAUUUUCUCACAAUUGGCGAUUUAAAUUCCAGUUAAUUGAGUGGAGAAAAAGUGUAGCCUACAUUUGUGCGCUAUCAUUGAUUCCCAUUUGAACAGAAUUCCCAGUUUAAUUGAGAAACUUUUUAACUGACUUUGUACUUGAAAUUCCGCGAAAAGGUUGAUUUUAAGUGAAGUUAAAGAAACUUGAGUUGCAUCAGUGGUUGCGAUCGAAACAUUUGAAUUGAAAAAAUUGUACAAAGCAUAUAGAUAUUGUACAACAGCUUAAACGUUUAUUACAGCUUGACAACACCACAAGGCAGCAGAAUAGAAAUGUUUAAUUUGAAACCUCAACUGAGCCAAGGCUGGGCCUUGGCCCUCAUCUGCCUGGUGUAUCUCCAGAUGCAGCAGCCAGCCGACGCUGAGCUGCCCCCCGUUCAAGGUGACAAGCCCAACCAGUCGGCAGUUGGUCAGCAAAUCAUUAAAGACUCCUUUGCAGGCGCGUCCCUAAACAAUCUAUAUGAUAGUCUGCUCCAGCGCGAGUACGCCGGACCCGUGGUCUUUCCCAACCACCAAGUGGAGCGCAAGGCCCAACGCUCUCCCUCCUUGCGUCUGCGUUUCGGGCGCAGUGAUCCGGAUAUGCUGAAUAACAUUGUGGAGAAGCGUUGGUUCGGUGACGUCAACCAAAAGCCAAUUCGGUCGCCCUCCCUGCGCCUGCGCUUUGGCAGGCGGGAUCCCAACUUGCCUCAGAUGCGUCGCACCGCUUACGACGAUCUCCUCGAGCGGGAACUGACCCUGAACAACCAACAGCAGCAGCUGCAGGAGCAGUUGGGAUCUGGUGGUGACUCCGACCUGGACGCCGACUACGAUGACCUCUACAAGCGGGUGGUGCGCAAGCCCCAGCGCCUCCGUUGGGGCAGAAGUGUGCCUCAGUUUGAGGAUAAUGACCAUGAUGAUUUCCGUAAACAGAUUCUCGCUGAAAAGAUUCACAAUCUUUUCAUGGCCCUGCAGCAGUACGAAUCCCCCAGUUCCAGGCCCAAUGAAGAUGAGGUAGAUCUGGAGGAAGACUCAUCCGAGUUCCAACGCGAGGUCCGCAAGCCGAUGCGUCUUCGAUGGGGCCGGAGCACUGGCAAAGGACCCUCCGAUCAAAAGAACGCCCAGGAGGAAACCUCAUCGAUUGCACCCAAGACCCAGAACUAAAUUGUUUCAAAUCGGCCAAGGCAAGACGCUCCAAGAGAAUGGCAACCAAUGAUGGGAAUCCUAAGAAAGCUACACGGUCAAUAUCCAAUGCCAAAUAAGAUACAAAAAGAGACAUU